AUGUCGGGUACACUCAAUUAUGUCGCAUACAAUGGCAUAUGGGUCAACUGGUCGUACGGUAGUGUUCUUGGAGCCACCAUUACUCUCCCACAAAGUCAGGCCACGCUCCUCAUUGCGUUCGUUGCAUUCUUCACCACCAUUAUAGGAACAAGCUUGUGGCGCAUAUUGUGCUUUGCCCUAUAUCACACCUUCUCGACUCCAACGACACCACGCGAUGCCAUGUACCAUCAACAGCAGGCAAUCUUACGAAAUGCUCAAAGCCCUUUGCUGGGCUUCAAGCUCUUCUCCAAUCUCGCUUGGGCCUGGCGGAAAGACGGUCAGCGUACGUGCUUUCGCAUCGUACCAAUCCUAGCCGGAGCACUUACUCUAGCUAUUGGUCUGGCUGUCGCUUCCGGUUUCUCCUCGGCAGUGGCUCGAGAUAAUGAGAUUUUAAUCAUGGGCAAGGACUGCCAUUGGACUACAUCGACAUUUCAUGCGGGCAAUGCUAUUGUUCAACAGAACGACUUGGUAUAUGCGAGGGAUUGUUACGCGCUGCCCUUGCUCACUGCUUCAAAGUCGCUAGGAUGUAAUUCAUACAUCCGACGAACGUUGUCCUACAGCGUCAACAGAACUGCGACUUGUCCGUUUGAAAGUAGCAUCUGCAAGAGUCAAGACAGAAAUAUCGAGCUCGAUACUGGUUACCUCGACAGUCUUGAAGACUUGGGUUGGAACGGCCCUCCUUCGCAACGCAUGAAAUACCGGACAACACUCCAUUGUGCCCCCUUGGUUACGGACAACUACACCAACGUUCACAACACGUCAGCUACCAGAUCUAAUACUCAAUACUUCUAUGGGCAAGACAUCGCCGAUGGAAACGACUUUACUUAUGAAGCGUCGAACGAUGCCUAUGCAGAGACGAAGGCGGAUGGAUCAUUGGCUAUCGCUGACUAUACCCUGAAUGCAUGUCGUAACAGUAGAAUUUGGGCCCCAUAUGCAAAUGGGAGCGUCGUUUCAGAUAUCUGGGGCUGGCUUCCCAUUCCACAAUUGGACGUACCAGACUCAACUUUAAGUCUCAUAGUUCUACAAGCAAAUAGCGUCUUGUAUGAGGGGGGGCCGGUGAGCGACCUUUGGUACGAGGCCACUGAUCCGAAAUCGAAGAUAAGAUAUUACUCGGACAAUAGUACAUCAACCUUGUAUGGGGCCAAUACGCCGGCUUCUCCUUUGGCUUGCGUAUCACGCGAACAGUAUUGCAAAGUGGGGUCGGAUACAGGCACACAAUGUACAGAACUUACCGGUUUCUUUGAUCUCCAAGAAUCAGCCAAAAAAGUGUUCACGGACGAGGAAUCAUGGAAUACAUUCCAGUGGUACGCCAGCAACAUAUUCGACGCCCCGGCUAUGCUACUGGAUAUUGUGGGUACACGAGAGCUGUCCUUGAUUGCGAGAGCGUGGAUUCAAGACGGAAUACAACGAGGCAUUACAGAUGAACAGUGGCAAGGAGACGUCGAGUAUUGGUUCGCGAGCAUUCUAGCAGCACUUCAGAGAGCACCGGGAGAUGCAGCUAGAGGCACCGACGUCGACCCCGGAGACUUGAAAUGGUUGCAUACGCCCAAUAACACGGAGGAGCAAAGCCUAUGCUCUAGCCAGAAAGCUCUCAGCCCCUAUCAUACAUCGUUCAGUGUAUUCGGCCUACUGUUCAUCUUCGUUUUAGGAAUGAUUUCCAUCAUCCUCUCACUCAGUCUAGAAUCCCUGACAAGUCUUGUGAGGAGGCACCGGAAACUCAACCAAGACACCUGUCUGGAAUGGAAUCUGAACGAGACUUUACAGCUACAACGCCUUGUACAUGAGGAAAUCGGAAUUGGUGCAUGGUCAAGCUGUACCAAAACUAUUCCCCUGAUCCGCGGAGAUGCCAGACUUGGGACUUUGGACACAUCCAAGCCUGACCACCCUCGUAUAGUCUCCGAUGUAUCCAGUGGCGAGGAUGCGGGGGACACAGCUAGCUCGUAUAAUAGCGAGAUUACUCCUAGCGGGCAAGAGGCUACUGAGCCCAUUUCAAGCCGCUAA